UCGAGCCAGUUCAAACGCGUCGCAAGUGUCGCGCGUUUCGUCUUCCACUUUUAUUGCGCGACUUAAUAGAACGACUCCUUUUUAUCUUCCGGUUUAGUUUCCCUACGGUUCACGUCGCGACGUUUCAUCGUGCGUGUAACUACGUGACAAGCAAGUGCGCGACAUCGGGCCGAUUGAAGGCCGAACGAGACGAAGGUGCACACAGUCGUUGACGGAGUAGAAUAUGACGGAUGUACAAGUGAAUCCGAGCAAGGACGACGCCGGUAGCGUAGUUCGACAGAAUGGCGACGUCAUGCAGCGAACAGGUAAAAUCAAACCAGCAAUUGCCAUCAGACUUUCGGACGAGACCGCAAGGUCCAGCUGGAUUACCAAGACACCCUAUAAAUAAUGGUCCUAUAGGACAACCAAGACCAGGACAGCCGCAACAAAUUCAAUCGUCUGGACCGGGUCAAUUUGGACUGCCUAGACCGUACGGUCCUCAAAAUCCAUCGGGAGGAUCAUUUUCUCCAAGGUCACCGCAACCAGGUCUAAGUCAAUCGCAACAAUCUCAAAGAGGUCCAAAUCCAGGGCAACUGGGUUAUAAUCAGCGACAACAAAAUCAAAAUCCACCAGCACCGCAAAGAAAUCAGAAUUUGUCACAAGGUCAAUAUCAAUCACAGCAAGGGCAGAAUCUAGUUCAAAUAGGACAAUAUCCUUUGCAACAAAGUCAGAAUCUAUCACAAGGCCAACAUCCUUUACAACAAAGUCAAAGUCGACCACAACAGGGUCAGCAUCCAUCACCCCAAAGUCAAGGUCCUCCACAAUAUCUUUCGCAACAACAGAAUCGACCACCCCUAGCCCAAUAUCCUCCCCAACAAAAUCAAAAUCGUCCACCACAAGGCCAACAUCCUCCACAACAAAGUCAAAAUCCCCCCCAAAACCAAUAUCCUUUACAAAGAAGUCAAAAUCCAGGACAGUUAAACCAGUAUCCUCCACAAAGUCAAAAUUUGUCAGCACCGCGAGGUCAACAUCCUCCACAAGGUCAAAAUCCCCCUCAACAGGGUCAGACUCCCCACAUUGUUUUAAAUCCACGAUUCGUUACAUCUCCGUUACAACGUCCAGGGCCGCAACAAGGUCCCAGACCUCCUGGAAAUAAUCAACAGUUCCAAAGAAACGUCCAACAACCUCGGCAACCAAGACAGGAUCAACAAAACAUCCCUCAGCAAGUUCCGUCCCGAUCCCAAGGGAACAUCCCCAAACAAUUGCAACGAAAUGAAUCGUCGUUGAACGUAGUCCAGCAAGGUCCAUCCAAUAAGGAAUCCACAAUUCCUCGAAUAGUAAUCGACAAAAUGGCCGAUGUUGAUAACGCGAAGAAGUUUCAGCAGUUUGAAAAUUCAGUCUCGAGAACCGAGCAACGCGAAACCAUGGAAGACGACGACGACGAUGUGGUCAUGGACGAGAAGAAAUCGCCUCGUACCAACGGCGAACAGGAAUGUAAACUCCCGAAGAAGGAGGAUGUCCAGUCGAUGAAGAGGCCGGAAACUGCUACCAUUAAUGGAAAGAUGGACGAUAAGACUGAAAGAGGUAACGAAAAGAAUGGUGAUAUUACCGUGCCCUCCAAAACUGGAAACACGGAGGAAUCUAUUAAAGAUUCUAAUGUAAUAGGAACUGACAUUAGAUUAUCACCAAAACCUGAUGAGAAAGAUCAACGCAAAGGAUCUGCAAAUAAGAAUGAAAUUGAGAAAGUUGAUGAUAAGCCUGAAGAAACAACGAAGAAAUUAGUGGAAGACAAAGUGAUCGAUAAAGAUUUAAAUAAAGAGCCCUUGUUUGGUGAACCUGUAAAUCAGGGUCAAAAUGAGCAGAAAUUAAGUGUAUCAUCACCGACUCCGGAUAAAUUGCGAGGAAGUACACCGGAUGUGAUCCUGCCUCAAAAUCAAGAGGAACCUAAGACACCGGAUAAAUCAAGGGCGAGUUCACCUGCAGAGACGAAUCAAAAUCAGAAUCAACUGAAGACACCUUCUAAGUCUGCGGAUAAAUCAAGAGCGAGUACACCAGGGGAUACGAAUCAGAAUCAGGAUCAACAGGAAGCGAAGACACCUAAGUCUGCGGAUAAAUCAAGAGCGAGUACACCAGGAGAUACGAAUCAGAAUCAGGAUCAACAGGAAGCGAAGACACCUAAGUUUGCGGAUAAAUCAAGAGCGAGUACACCAGGAGAUACGAACGAGAUGGAAAUUGAACAGCAAUCAAAGACACCGUCCAAAUCCGAGGAUAAAUCGCGUAUGAUAGAAAGUAGUCAGAUUAAAAAUGAAGAGGAAUUAAAAGCACAGUCCAAGUCUCCUGCCAGUAUUUCAGUGGAAGUGGAUCAAGUUAAAGAGGAUUCGAAGAUAUCAGAUAAAUCUCAGGAAGAAAUGCAGGAAACUCGAAAAGAAGAGGAAUCGAAGGUUCAAAAUGAAGAGAAAAAUGAAAAAUCGUUGGAAAAGAAGGAGAUUAAAGGUGAAUCAGAAAGUAAAUCGGAUGUGGCUCCAGCAGAGGUGAAAAAGGAUAGUCAAAAUGAGGAAGAAACGAAUACAGUGUCCAAAGAGUCGGAUAAACCGACUGAAAGUUUGAAAACUGAAGUUAAAAAUACUCAGAAUGAGCAGGAAUUGGAAAAAUCUGAAGAAAAGAAGUCAUCAGAUACAAAGGAAUUGAAAGAGGACUCGAAACCUAGUUCUGCUACUAGUAAUAAAUCUGUAACUGAAGACUCAAAUGCACAAAAUGCAUCAGAACCUGAAGAAACAAAUCAAAAGACUUCUGUUUUAUUGGAUUCUGAAAAUGUGCCAGAAUCAGUGUUGUCUCCGCCUAAAACUCCUGAGGGAAGCGUGAAAGGAUUCGAUCACGGUCAACCAAGAUCGUUGUCGGUCAAAUCGUCGCCAUCUUGUACACCUCAGUCACCUGUGUCGCCUAAAUCACCGAAAUCAAUUAAAGAGGAUGAGAAAUUGGACGACGACGAGAAGAAGCAGGAUACUUACGUUAAUGAGAAGAAGGAUUCUAAGAGGACGAGUGAAUUGAAAAAUUUGAAAUCACUGGCGCCUAAGAUUCAAGGCGUCGCGACGCUUACUAAAUUGGGCGAAAAGUCAGAGAAGAAGUCUUCGAGAACAGCAGAAAUUGAAAAUGGUAGUGUAUCAAACUCGGAGAAAAAAUCAACAGCUGGAUCGCCUGUGAAAUCGCCAAGCAAAUCUGUCAAAUCUUUGCCACGAACUCCGGAAACUCCGUCAUCGACAGGUGGCCAAGAAAAAAAAAAGCUGCCUAUGAACAAAGUUCAAGUGGGUUCAGCACCGUCUCCAAAUUUGAAAACGGUAAGAUCGAAGAUCGGCUCACUGGAAAAUGCGAGCUACAAGCCAGGGGGUGGAAAGGUGAAAAUAGAGAACAGGAAGUUGGACUUCAGCAAGGCGCAGCCGAAAAUCGCAGCGAAAAAUGAGAAGUACACACCUAGUGGUGGCGAUAAAAAGAUCGCUCAAGUGAAACUUCAGUGGAACGCGAAACCGAAGGUUGGGUCGUUGGAGAACGCGACGUACAAACCUGGGGGUGGUGAUAAGAAAAUAGAGACUGUGAAGCUCGAUUUCAAAGAUAAGGCAAAACCGAAAGUCGGCUCCAAAGACAACGCUAAACACGUCCCCGGAGGUGGCAGCGUUAAAUCAUCGGCAACGCCACCUAAGACGCCGCAGGAAACGAACAACGACAUUCAGACACAGAAAAUUGAUAUCAAAGCUGAGAGUAAAAUUGGAUCCAUGGAUAACGUGAAGCAUAAGCCUGGGGGUGGUGAUAAAAAGAUCUUCAACGACCGAGAUUAUCUUCGACAAACUGGAUCAAACGUAGAAAGUCUCAGUGGCAGUGGAUCACAGAGCCCUGUGCCCCCUGGCACGGUCGCCUCCGGUAAGAAUGGCCUGCCUACUUCGGACGAGAACCUCAACCAGGAAUGCUAGAUCACGAAUGAAAAAAAAAAGAAAAAAAAACAAACUCGACCGCUAGACCCGAUUUUUUCCUUAUCACUUGCGUCUGAUUAAUCGCCUCGUACAUUUCUAACCCCGAUUAUUGAAUCGGAGGGCUUUUGAAUCGAACGUACGAGGGACGAGUUGGACACAGGUUUAAUAAUAAAUUCAACAAUCGUGGCCAGAUCGAUCGGUUAGCUUUAUCCCAUUGUUGCUUCGUAUCAGCAAUAACCAGAAGAUUCCGUAAUAUACGUGCCAUACGAAGGAACUUGAUCGAGGAAACGAGGGGACACCUUUUUUUCUCAUACAUUUACGUCUUUCCGAUCGAUUAUAUCCACGGCAAAUGAUUCUUUUUUUCACGCAUUUAUCUGCAGAACACUCGUCACGACGUCGAUUGUUUUCGAAUGUAUCAUGAAAGUUGAUAGAGGAUAGGGUGAAGAACGGAGGGUCGUCGGGACGGUUGUUAACACGUUGAGUGCCGCGAUGGUACAUCUUUAAUUAGGUGGAUAAAAUGGUGUUCUUCGGUUCGACUUCGGUGCAAUAUAGGCUUCUUUUGGUUAGCAUUGUCAGCACUGAUGGCAUCAUAAGAUGGCAAGCGCGACGAACGGGUGUCGUCAUAAGAUGGCAUGCUCAAUACGGCGAAGUCAUGAUUAAAGUAUUGAUCAGUUUAAGGUCCUGAGUUUUUAGGGUUUUGAAUGCUUUAAUUUACGAUUUUAUUAUAUUACAGCUACGAAGAAUUUGUCGUUAGGUCCUGAGAAGUAUUUUUUCCAUCAUUUGCCUUAUAACUUUGGGGAUUUUGGGGAAAUUCUAGGGUGAUCCUAGAGGAAACCAGGGAGAGACUAAUUUAAAUCCUCCUAAAAACCAUAUAUGAUAGAAUAUUUUUUCCCUUAAAGAAGGGAAAUCUAAAUUGCACGCGUUCAAUCUGAAUUUUGACUAAUCAAAUAUUAAAGUCUAAUUUUUCACCAUCCAUCCAUUUGAAAACAUUCAAUUUCGUGCGGCAUUCAACGUGUUGCGCAAAAUAAUUUUGUUGGCACGAAAGGGGACAGUUCGCGAUACCUUUUCAGAUCGAAAAAAUAACCGUCGAAGAAUUUUCGUACAAUUCCAAACGAACACUAAUCAUCUUCAUUACACAUAGCGCAAACUCGCUCACGGUUAGCGUGAAAUUUUUAUAAGAAUGACAUUUUGUCGCGAACUCAAACGUUAGAAUGUAAGAAGAAAGGAAAAGAAGACUUCCUUUGCUAAAAUGUUAUGCAAAACGCUAAGCAAUUGUUUGCUAUAUACUGUAGAAUCGCAUUAAGAUGCAUUUAAGACUGGAGAUACUUCCGGUGUGAUUUUUCUGGUCUGAAAGGUAGACGCGAUAACGUGAUACGCUUAAGUCAAAAACAAGCGAAUUCUCAUUUUUCGUGAUCGUUUUUUAGAAUACGAUCCCAACAGGACAAAUAGAAAUAAUACGUACGAAUAACAUAAUAGAGGACUCAUUGUUCAAAUCGAUUAGCAUUGCGAUUUAUCGUGGCCGAGAGUAGGUGUAUUUUUGUUAAACCUACGAGAUGUAACGUGAUUUUUAGGCUGUCUUGGAAAUGGCUGAUUAUUGUACUAACAGGAAGCUUUGAAUGUGUUGUAGCAGUAAAAAUAAAAAAUAAAAUAAAAGAGUAACAUUUUGGAUUAUUAAUAUUAACACGUUGAUUGUCAUAUUUGAAUGACAUUUGAUUGAUCAUCACUUUUAAUAUUAAAAAUUCUUUUAUUUAUUUAAUUAGAAAUAUUAAAAUAUUGUGGGGAUGCAGGGUGGCUGUUAACGUGUUAAUUACAAAUACUGCAAACAACGCUUAUAAAAAUCAGUGGUUAGUUAUCAACAUAUUUCUUUGAUAUUCAAUGAAAAAUAAGAAACUAUUAGAAUUAUUGUAAUUAUAUAUACAUUGUAACAAUAGAAGUUCGUAAACAUUUAGAGGUUUAUCUGAACUCGCCUACUCCCGAAUUAAAAAUCACCCAUUUCAUAUUUAGAAUAGUGAGAUGAAAAUUAAACAAACAUGCUAACGCGUAUGAUUUUCAAUCUUACUAUUCUAAACUCACUUUGAUGUUUAUUAUAAUAACAAACAUAUGAAGGAUGUUGCAUAAACACAUUGAGUAAUUGAAAAUAACGACAGUUACAUUUUAUCGUUAAAUGAUAAAUGAAGAAAGAACUGAAAAUUUGAGAAUAAAACAAUUUGUUCAUUAAAAUUUUUGUUGAAAAUGUAUGUAGAGCAUACAUUUAUAUUACGUUGGUUAAAAUACACGUUGAUUAAAAACUAUUAUCGAUGGAAGAGAAACGUGGAUAUUAAAAUGACAUUCCAGUGAUGGAUGUUACUUAUUUUUAAAUUGCAAAUAAAUCGGAAAACUAAAUUAACAUACGUAAUUAUCAUAUGAAACUCGUAACGUAACUUAUCUCAUGAAAUGAAUUUUCUUCUACAUAGAUCAGUAGAAAAAUUCAAUUUGACGAUGCAGAAGAACCGGAAGCUGUAAUAGAGAAUUAUGACGCGUGAUCAUAUUCAAGUGAUUAUCUUUUUUCGAGUGAAAAAAGAAAAUUCACGCGAUACAUUUCAUAUUGUAUUUAGACCCGAUGUAGACACUAUGUCAACGAACAUGGUAUCCCAUAUUUCGUGAUACUUUGGAAUUUCUUCAACAUCUAAGGCUUAGAUUCUAAACUAUCAUCAGCCAUAAUAAAUAGUUAUCAGUCCGUGCAAACGUCAGCAAAUGUAGCACGAUCAAUUCAUAAUCGUUACUUGUAGAUACGUAAAACUAUACCUGUUUGUUGCAUACACGAGAAAUAAAUAGUUAGGUCUUAUCGCUGAUACAGUCAGUUGAAAAAUGAGAAUUAAUUAUGGAAGAAUGGUGAAUAAAGGGAUGGAAAUCAGUGACAUCGUGCGAAACUCACUUUCUCACAAUGUCAUGUCACUUUUGAUGAAUUCAUGCAAAUCUACGCUAAGAAAGUAUGUAAUACAUAUUACUUCUAGUUUACUGCUUCCAUACUGGUGGAUUAUAAUUAACCAUCCGACAUUCGGCGACGAUUAAUUAAGUAUGUAAUAUUUGAAAUCGUUGUAAAACUUCGUACGAAUGCAAUUGUAUAACGAAUAUUCGGCAUACCUGUCAGAAUUAACAAAAGAGCUAUUAUAAUAAUAUUUUUGUUUUUAAAUUAA